AAUUAGUAUGUAAAGAUUUUUUUAGUCAACUAACUAGUCUAUAUGAAGUCUUUAGUCAGUCCAAUUAGCCUGUGUUGUAAGCACAAUACCAAUUGGAGCAAUUUGCAAAAUGCGCAACCGCAUUUUGCAAAUUUGUAUAAUGCACAAUCUUUUUGCAAAUUGCUUCCAGCUAUAUAUUUGAAUAAUGUGUGGUGCACAUUUUAUGGGCGCAAUUUGCAAAAUGCGCAACCGCAUUUUGAAAAUUUGUAUAAUGCACAAUUUGUAUAAUGGCAAUUUUUUUUGGCAAUUUUGGAAAUUGUUUCCAGCUAUAUAUUGAUUGGGUUGGAAGUUCUGGCUACACCCUAACCCUAACCGCUGUUCUUCUUCUGUUAGAUGUAGCUUUCUAUGCAGAAUUCCGCAAAUUCUUCUUCAGCCGUCCUCAAACCAUCCAUUUGCACGGUCGCGCCAUUUUCAAACAAAAUUCAUCUUAAAUCUCGUCUUGCGAUAUGCAAAUUGCUUGCGCACAAUGGAAAUGAUGUAUAAUUUGCAAAGCGAGCAAGGUUGGUGAAAUGCUUAGAACACCUGUAAGGAUUUUUUUUGUCAACUAACUAGUUUGUAAGGAGUCUUUAGUCAGUCCAACUAGUCUGUAAGGAUAUUUUAGUCAACUAAAGGCCUACUGAAAUGGAUUUUCUUAUUUAAACGGGGCUAGCAGGUCCAUUUUAUGUGUCAUACUUGAUCAUUUUGCGAUAUUGCCAUAUUUUUGCUGAAAGGAUUUAGUAGAGAACAUCGACGAUAAAGUUGGCAAAUUUUGGUCGCUAAUAAAAAAGCCUUGCCUGUACCGGAAGUAGCAGACGAUGUGCAAGUGACGUCACGGGUUGUAGGGCUCCUCACAUCCUCACAUUGUUUACAAUCAUAGCCUCCAGCAGCUAGAGCUAUUCGGACCGAGAAAGCGACAAUUUCCCCAUUAAUUUGAGCGAGGAUGAAAGAUUCGUGGAUGAGGAUCUUGAGAUUGAAGGACUAGAAAGAAAAAAAAAAGUAAAAAAAAAAAAGGGCGAUUGCAGAUGUUAUUACACACAUUUACUAUGAUAAUUCUGGAAAAUCCCUUAUCUGCCUAUUGUGUUAGUGUUUUAGUGAGAUUAAAUAGUACUUUUAAAGUCGGAGGGGUGGGGCCACGGGUACGUGUGUUGACAAAGUGUCUUUGAGGGAUGUCACGCUGCUGGAAGCUCCGCUGAUGUCACCGAUGUCACCGGUAAGAGCAAACUUAUUACCACAAAACUACUGGUUGACAUUUGGUCGGGAUCCAUGUUCGCUUGACCGCUCUGAUCCAUAGCUUCGCCUUCAGGAAAUUUUAAACAAGGAAACACCGUGUGUUUGUGUGGCUAAAAACUAAAGCUUCCCAACUCCAUCAUUCUACUUUGACUUCUCCAUUAUUAAUUGAACAAAUUGCAAAAGAUUCAGCAACACAGAUGUCCAGAAUACUCUUUAAUUAUGCGAUUAAAGCAGACUACUUAUAGCUUAGAUUGGGCUGGGCUAUAAUGUCCGCUACAACCCGAGACGUCAAACGCACACGUCAUCUUACGAGUCAUCAUUCCGCGACGUUUUCAACACGACACUUCGCGGGAAAUUUCAAAUUGCAAUUUAAUCAACUAAAAAGGCCGUAUUGGCAUGUGUUGCAAUGUUAAUACUUCAUCAUUGAUAUAUAAACUAUCAGACUGCGUAGUCGGUAGUAGUGGGUUUCAGUAGGCCUUUGAGCUGCCCUGCAUGAAGAACCAACAGUCUCCACUAGAGGUCACUGUAUGCUCAUGACUACAUCACUCUAAUUGCACACCACACACGCACACACACAUAUGUUGUGCUGAUUGGAGUGUCGGGCAGAGGUGGACAAGUUCCACAUCAGUUAAGUGAGCAGGAUUGCAGCAGAAACUCACAGCUGUGAAGUCAUGAUGUGAAUCCCCAUCCUUCACCCAGGAGGAGGAACUUCCUGCGGCACUACGAGCAGAAUGAAGACCGUCAAGUGAACUUCGCAUAAAAAUGACAUCAUCAGUCUCUGCCCCCCCGUCCCUCUUCCUCAUCCUCUUCUUCUUGGGUCGCGAGCGCGCUGUCGACACCCGGCUACACCUCCUUGUGUUCCUGUGCUUGUGGACGGACCGGGAGGGCCUGCGGGCGACGGCCUCUCAUCAACACUUCCACCCGCACUCCAUCAAGAUCCCGGGCGACAUCACCCUGGGCGGCCUGUUCCCCAUCCAUGCUCGCGGACCCCACGGCCUGCCCUGCGGCGAGCUGAAGAAGGAGAAGGGCAUCCACCGCAUGGAGGCCAUGCUGUACGCCUUGGACCAAAUCAACAGCGACCCCGAGCUGCUGCCCAACAUCACGCUGGGCGCUCGCAUCCUGGACACGUGCUCCAGGGACACCUACGCCCUGGAACAGUCCCUCACCUUCGUCCAGGCCCUGAUCCAGAAGGACACAUCCGACAUCCGAUGCUCCGACGGCGUACCGCCGAUCAUCCGAAAACCGGAGCGAGUGGUGGCGGUUAUCGGCGCCUCGGCCAGCUCUGUGUCCAUCAUGGUGGCCAACAUCCUGCGUCUCUUUGAGAUUCCUCAGGUGAGCUACGCGUCCACGGCUCCGGAACUGAGCGACAACAAUCGCUACGACUUCUUCUCUAGGGUGGUUCCUCCAGACUCCUACCAGGCUCAGGCCAUGUUGGACAUUGUCAAAGCCCUGGGCUGGAACUACGUGUCCACGCUGGCCUCCGAGGGCAAUUACGGCGAGAGCGGAGUGGACGCCUUCGUGCAGAUCUCUCGGGAGGCCGGCGGGGUGUGUAUUGCCCAGUCGGUGAGGAUCCCUCGCGAGCCCACCGAUGGGGAGUUUGACAAGAUCAUCAGGCGCCUGAUGGAGACCAGCAACGCCAGAGGAGUCAUCAUCUUUGCUAACGAGGAUGACAUCAAACAGGUCCUUGAGGCGGCUAAACGCGCCAACCUGACAGGCCACUUCCUGUUUGUGGGCUCUGACAGCUGGGGGGCAAAGAGCUCGCCAAUCAUGGAGCUGGAGGACGUGGCUGAGGGCGCCGUCACCAUCCUGCCAAAACGGGCCUCCAUAGACCGCUUUGAUCAGUACUUCAUGUCAUGCUCUCUGGAGAACAACCGCCGCAAUAUCUGGUUCAACGAGUUCUGGGAAGACGACUUUCGGUGUAAACUGACCCGGCCAGGAGUUAAAGUGGACCCUGGGAAAAAGAAGUGCACAGGGCAGGAGCGAAUCGGACAGGACUCUUCUUACGAGCAGGAAGGAAAGGUCCAGUUUGUGAUCGACGCGGUCUACGCUGUGGCUUACGCGCUGCACAGCAUGCAGCAGAACCUCUGUGGUGCCGCCUCGGGGGUCUGCAACAACAUGGACCCGGUGGAGGGGCGCUCGCUGCUGGACUACAUCCGAGCCGUCAAUUUCAACGGAAGUGCCGGCACCAGCGUUCUGUUCAAUGAGAACGGAGAUGCCCCUGGUCGUUACGACAUCUUCCAGUUCCAGAUGACCAAUCACAGUCACCCCGGCUACCAUGUCAUCGGCCAGUGGACCAACAACCUGCGUCUCAAGCUGGAGGAGAUGCAGUGGUCUGGGGGAGACAAAUCCCUUCCAGACUCCAUUUGUAGUUUUCCUUGCAAGCCAGGAGAGAGGAAGAAGAUGGUCAACGGGGUUCCCUGCUGCUGGCAUUGUGAGCUCUGCGAUGGCUACCAGUACCAACUGGAUGAGUUCACCUGCGAGACGUGUCCCUCAGACAUGCGGCCGCUUCCCAACAGAACCGCCUGCCGUCCCACACCCAUCAUCAAACUGGAGUGGAACUCCCCCUGGGCCCUAGUGCCCGCUUCCCUUUCGAUGCUUGGUAUCCUAGCAACCAGCACGGUCGUCAUCGCCUUCGUCCGCUUUAAUGACACGCCUAUCGUCCGAGCGGCGGGAAGAGAGCUCAGCUACGUGUUACUGACAGGGAUCUUUUUGAUCUACUUGAUCACUUUCCUGAUGAUCGCCGAGCCGGGCGUGGUGGUGUGCGCCCUGCGGCGCCUCCUGCUGGGCCUGGGCACGGCCAUCACCUACUCGGCCAUGCUGACCAAAACCAACCGCAUCUACCGGAUAUUUGAGCAGGGCAAGAGGUCGGUCACGCCGCCCAAGUUCAUCAGCCCCACCUCCCAGCUGCUCAUCACCUUCGUCUUCGUCUCCGUCCAGGUGUUUGGCGUGUUUGUGUGGUUCGCCGUCGUCCCGCCUCACACCAUCGUGGACUACGACGAGCUCCGCCCUCCCAACCCCGACCUGGCCCGAGGGAUUCUCAAGUGCGACAUGUCGGACCUGUCGCUCAUCUGGUGCCUCAGCUACAGCAUGGUCCUCAUGGUGACGUGCACCGUGUACGCCGUGAAAAGCCGCAAAGUCCCGGAGACGUUCAACGAGGCCAAGCCCAUCGGCUUCACCAUGUACACCACCUGUAUCGUCUGGCUGGCCUUCCUGCCCAUCUUCUUUGGUACGGCGCAGUCCACAGAAAAGAUGUUCAUCCAGACGGCCACCCUGACCGUGUCCAUGACUCUCAGCGCCUCCGUCUCCCUGGGCAUGCUCUACAUCCCCAAAGUCUACGUCAUCUUCUUCCACCCUGAGCAGAACAUCCCCAAGAGGAAGAGAAGCUUCAAGGGUGUGGUCCAGGCUGCUCAGAUGUCUCGCAAGUCCCAACAGAACGGAAAGAGCAACUUCGAGCCGGACAGGACGCAGUGACCCCAAGCAUGAAGAACACCGUGUAAGUCUGACCAAUUCCUGCACACCUGAUGGCGGAGUGGUGAAGAUCACACGGUUCACCGCCUUCCUUCCUGUUCCUUCAGUCUUCUCCUGAUCUCUUCUGGUGUUUUACCAAGCAGUGUUUCCACCAAGACACAUACAUCAGGCCAACAAACAAAAAAAGCAGACUCAAAUCAUUGCUGAAAUAGUCACAGAUUGCCUGUUUAGUUUCUACACUGGCAGUCGUCAUCAAGGUGAAGCUGGAGCCUACCCCAGCUGUAGGCGGGGCCUACGUAUGAACACAAAAACAUUCCUACUCACAUUCUCACCUACAGUCUGGACUCUUUCAUUUGGAGUCUCCAAUGAACACUGCUUUUAAAACCAUCUCUUAUUCUUGGACUUUUAUUCACACCUGACUUCAUUUCUGACUACAGAUGUCCAAUAAUAUCGGACUGACGAUAUUAUCGGCCGAUAAAUGCUUUAAAAUGUAAUAUCGGAAAUUAUCGGUAUCUUUUUAUUUUUUUUUUUAAGUCAAAUUUAUGACUUUUUAAAACGCCGCUGUGCACACGGGCGUAGGGAGAAGAACAGAGCGCCAAUAAACCUUAAAGGCACUGCCUUUGCGGGCCGGCCCAAUCACAUAUCUACAGCUUUUCACACAAACAAGUGAAUGCAAGGCAUACUUGGUCAACAGCCAUACAGGUCACACUAACAGUGGCCGUAUAAACAACUCUAACACUGUUAUAAAUAUGCGCCACACUGUGAACCCACACCAAACAAGACUGACAAACAUAUUUCGGGAGAACAUCCGCACCGUAACACAACAUAAACACAACAGAACAAAUACCCAGAAA